UUUCUUAAUCUUCUUGCUUGUGUAGGUGGGAAGGAGACUUACAGCAGUGACUGAGCCCAAGAGCAAAUCAGCUGCUACUGAUGUCCCACAAAUGAAGUGGCUUCCUUCUCUCCACCACAACUUUUUGUAUACCUCCUGUGGAAACACAGGUUCCCUGCUCCAGAUUAUCUGGAUUUCUGUAUAACCCCUGGAGCUGGUUACCUGUAGAAGCUUGACUGUCCAGAACCAUCUCAGUUUGGAAGGAAACCUCCUCAGUGCAACGCCUUGCUCUCCCCUGACCAUCUCUGAUAGCUGACCAGGGACCUGCAGACAGUUUCUUCAGGAAAGUUCAACAGCCAUCAACCAUGAAGAUUCUUAGCUACCUCCUGGUUUACCGAAGGUUCCUGCUCAUUGUCCUCACCCCACUGCUUUUACUUCCACUUCCACUUAUCAUCAAAACCAAAGAAGCAGAAUGUGCAUACACGUUGUUUGUAGUUGCCAUCUUUUGGCUCACAGAAGCUUUGCCACUGGCUGUUUCAGCGUUGCUCCCUGCCUUUAUGUUCCCGUUGUUUGGUAUCAUGGGAUCCAAGCAGGUAGCAUCUGCUUAUUUUAAAGACUUUCAUCUGCUGCUGAUUGGAGUAAUUUGUUUGGCAACGUCAAUAGAAAAAUGGAAUCUUCACAAAAGAGUGGCUUUAAAAAUGGUGAUGCUGGUGGGUGUCAACCCUGCAUGGCUUAUGCUGGGUUUCAUGGUUAGCUGUGCUUUCUUGUCAAUGUGGCUCAGCAACACCUCUGCUGCUGCCAUGGUGAUGCCAAUCGUAGAAGCUGUAGCUCAGCAGAUCAUCAGAGCUGAAGCAGAAGCUGAUGAGCUGGAGAUGUCCUGCUCUAAUGGCUCCAUCAACCCAGGCCUGGAGCUGGACGAAAAUAUAGGAGAAUAUGAAAACCCAGAUGGGAAAGAGAAAGAAAAAACAGUUAAUGGAUAUAACAACAACGUGGGUAGUACCGUAUGCACAGUUGAAAAGGAAAAUGAAAAAGAAAAUGCACAGAACCUACCACCUGCUGAAGCAGAGAGAAAAAGCAGAAAGGACAAAUACAGUGGGAUUUUCAAAGUGAUGUGUUUAUGUGUGGCUUACUCUGCUACCAUUGGAGGACUGACCACAAUCACAGGAACUUCGACUAAUCUGAUUUUUAAUGAGCACUUCAAUUCACGCUACCCAGAUUGCCAGUGCAUCAAUUUUGGAAACUGGUUUAUCCUUUCCAUCCCCAUUGCAGUUAUUAUUCUGCUGCUCUCCUGGCUCUGGCUACAGUGGCUUUUCCUUGGGUUUGAUUUAAAAAACAUGUUCAAGUGUGGCAAGAAGAAAACAGCUAGAGAAGAAGCCUCAUCACAGGUGGUUCAGGAGGAGUACAAGAAACUUGGACCAAUUAGCUGCCCAGAAACUGUUACACUUGUCCUGUUCAUUCUAAUGACCCUCCUGUGGUUCACCAGAGAUCCUGGCUUCAUCCCAGGAUGGUCUUCACUUUUCCCAAAAUAUAAAAGCUAUAUUACGGAUUCAACAGCUGCCUUAGUGAUAGGCCUCCUGUUCUUUAUUAUUCCAGCAAAACCAUUGCCUAGGACAUCGAAUGGAGAAAACACUGUUUCUGGUUACAUUCCACUGAUUACUUGGAAGGAAUUUCAGUCAUGCAUGCCCUGGGAAAUAGCUAUUCUUGUUGGUGGCGGGUUUGCACUGGCAGACGGCUGCGAGGUUUCAAAACUUUCUGAGUGGGUAGCAAGUAAAUUGACCCCUCUAGGAUCAUUACCCUUGUGGCUGAUUAUCCUGAUAUCCUGCCUUAUUGUCACUUCAGUAACAGAAGUAGCCAGCAAUCCAGCUACCAUUACGAUCUUCUUGCCUAUACUGUCUCCUUUGGCUGAAGCCAUUCAUGUGAACCCACUUUUCAUUUUGAUACCUGCUACCUUGUGCACUUCCUUUGCAUUCCUGCUUCCUGUAGCAAACCCAGCCAAUGCCAUCGUGUUUUCAUAUGGUCAUUUAACUAUUAUGGACAUGGUGAAAGCUGGUUUGGGCAUUAACAUCAUUGGAGUUGCUGUAGUUAUGCUUGGGAUUCUGACAUGGAUAGUGCCUAUAUUUGAUCUCUAUACUUACCCAAGUUGGGCAUCCAAUAUCCAAUCAACAAAUGGCACUGGGCUGCUGUAAAAAAAAAAGUUUCCUUUUAUUUUCUCACAUGUGGUGAGUCACUUAAAAUGCUUUCAGACACCACAAUGAUAAGGAUCUACAUUACUAUAAAUGCUGUAUUUCACAGUCCUAGAGACUGAUGAUCCAGUCUGAGAGUCUAAUCAGGAAGAGUGCUAGACUUUCUAAAGAUCAUAGUUAGAUCAGGUUUCUAAUCUAGUUCAGCUAGUCUGAAUUUUUAUAUCUUCAUGUUAUGAAGGAAAAAGAAAAAGUGCAUAGUCAUUAUCACGGGCAAUUUGCCCCCAUUCUCAGGGUAGCAGAAUAAUGAAAUUUAGAUUUUAUUAUUUCAAAUAAAAAUCCUUGUUAUUACUUUUUUGGGGGUUGUCAGAGAGCGUGUUGUUUUUCUGUUUUCUAGAUUCAAGCUCUGUUUGAAACAGUGUUGAUCACAAACAAAACAUCAGGAAGGGGAAUGUCUUGAACCCAUAGUUUACAGAGCAGUCAAAAAUGCACAAAAAAUGGAGAAGAGCAGCAUGGCCACUUACACAGCACUUUAUCUAUUAAGCACCUUGUAACCUGGAAGGAGAAUGCAUACUUAAGCAUAUGUUUAUGCUUUGUCCUCCCAGAACCUCACCAAAAUAUGUUGUUGCUCUUGUAAAAGAAAAAAUAUAUAUACUUCUCUGGAUAGACAUAUAUUGAUUGAUCUGAGUUGAUCUGUACAAGUUAUCAUCACACCUCUCUGCCAAAAGUAGAUAUAUCUCCUUGAGGAAUGAAACCAUAGGAAAGUGCUGAAGAUUUAACAGUCAAUCUGUCAACCAAGAGAAUCUUCACCAGAAGGUUCAUGAUAUCUGCAGGACAGGUGGCAGCUUAAGGUUACUUAGACGGUGUUAAUAUUGUAAUGUUUUAAACAAAAUAGUGUAAUGUGGUCAGAAUGUAAGCUGGAGUUCAAAAAUAUCCACAAAUAAUGAUGUUCUGUUUGGUUGUUACACAUUUUUCACUGUAAAGAUUAUAGCUUUACUUGUUGUGAAGAGCUGUGAUAACUUGUAAAGAGCAUGUAGUCCGAAUGAAAGCUGCAUGUAU